AUGGCCAAAUCUUUUGACAGGGUUAACUGGGAUUUACUUCUUCAGGUUCUGUCUCAAAUUGGGUUUAGUCCUCAGUGGUGCAACUUAAUCCAUCAAUGCAUAUCAACUACCAGUAUGGUUGUUCUAGUUAAUGGAUCACCAGGAAAGUUUUUCAAGCCAUCUAGGGGAUUGAGACAAGGGGAUCCCCUAUCUCCUUAUCUCUUCCUCUUCUGUAUGGAAUCUCUAUCUAGAUAUCUAACUCAUGCUGAAACUCAACAACAAAUUCAAGGAAUCAAGAUUUGCAAGGAUGCUCCAGCCAUCAACCACCUUCUAUUUGUUGAUGACUGCAUGAUAUUCUGCAAAGCCAAUAUGCAAGAAUGCAAUAACCUUAUUCAGAUCUUUUAUGAAUUUGGGAAAUCUUCAGGUAAGCUGAUAAACUUCUCAAAAUUUGGCAUCUUCUUCAGCAAGAACACUGCUCCUGAUAUAGAUGACAACAUAAGCAAUACUAUGAAAGUUCAAAGGAUCAAUACUUAUGACAAAUACCUGAGAUCCCCAUUGUUUACAACUAAGAGUAAGAUACAAGCCUUCAAUCUUUGUGUUUACAAGCUCAAGUUCAGAUUUGCUGGAUGGAAGACAAACCUCUCAACUGCUGGGAAAAUGACUGUGAUCCAAUCUGUUACUUCCACCUCCAGCAUCUACCAAAUGAACUGCUUUAAGAUUCCAAAAACUACCUGCAAUGAGAUCAAUGCUAUUCAAAGAGACUUCUUCUGGAACAAAGAACAAGACAAAUCAGAAGGCCUCUACUAUUUUGCCUGGGAUGGAGUCAACAAACCUAAAGAACUCGGGGGAUUGGCUAAUAACCUCAUUGCUAGCUGGAAUGAAACUUAUGCUACUAUCUGCUGGUUUAUCUGGAAAGCCAGAUGUGACUGGGUUUUAAGAAAAAUCUCUCCAGAUGCUACAGUCCCUGCUAGAGACAUAACGCAACAUCUCUGCAAUUAUUCAAGAGUGCACCACAAACUAGGGCACAUCAUUAAUAACCUCUUCUACCAGUCUAAUAGCUCUAAUUCUCCUCCUGAGAACUACAGUCAACACAGACACACCUCUGACAAGUUUGGAAUCACUAUUAGCAUGCAUAUUGAACUAGCUGACCUAUGCCAUGUUACUAGUGAUGCUCAAUCAUAUACUAAUUAUUCCUUUGUUGCUAUGUCCUUCACAGGUAAAUGCAUGGGAACAAGAAACUUCAAGGACUAUACCUCUGUAAUCAGAAGAGCCGAAAGAUCAAGCAGAGGAGCUCAACUUGCACUGACUUGGGGAAAGACUAUGCCGCAAACAAACAUCAACUUUGCUGCUGAAACGGAAGAAACUCUACAAGCUAUCAAAACAAGUUACCAAUUGGAGGUCCAACAUAGGUUCAAAGGAAGAAUAAGUUCAAUCCAAGGCAACAACAACAAUAAUGCCCCAAUCGAUUUCGUCUUAGGGAAGCUCAUAACAGUUACUGCUCAACAAAACUAUGCUGCUAUCAACCUAGCAAGAAUAGCUAGGCAAUCUACCCAUUUCUAUGAUUCUGCCUAA